CUCGGUGCCCAGGGGAAGAGGGAGUUGGCGGUACUGUGGGGAAGGGGGCAAUGAAGCCCUCGGGCGAAGCCAGGCGGUAGUACUAGGACAACCCCACUACUGGCCAACAGCAGCCGAUGACGGCCGAACCUCCCACCCCGAAGCACCUAUUGGCUCCAAGUGGGGGUAACCGGUGAGACUUUGCGCGGUUGGCUCAGUCGUGCCACUACCGAGGUCGGAGUCGGUGUCGGAGUCGGAGUCGGAAUUCAGACUCGUCAUUCAUACAGUCGUCCGAGCCGCUUCGCUGCAAGCGCCAGAUUACCCAAACCCUCUCCAUCUUUUAUCAUCUAUUGAGUUUUCAAAUGACACCCAGCCUCCACCUCGUGUACUUAAUCAGUUGAUAAAGCCCAUCAUCACCGACACCAUCACCACCUGAAGACAGUUGUACAAAUCCCAGAAGGAUUAAAGUUGUCGAGUUUUGUGAUUUUAAAUAUAAAACCACAAUCAACCAAGUGAGUGUGCCAGUGCUAAGUUAAUCAUCAAUAACAAAUAUCAAUUGUAGGCGUUUAAAAAUUGGGCGGACGGAUUGGAGUGUGAAUAAAUCUAAAUGAGCUUCUCGUUGUUAGUGGUUGGAGAGAAUAGUGAGUAGAAGGUGGACAUGACAGGCUCGUUGACCACUAAAAAAUUAACAUUAUCAAAUCGUGCGCAUGUGUCCAGUGGGAUUUAACAACAAAACUCUGGUCGCCUAUCUGGAUAACUUGACGACACCACCAGCUGGACUGUCUCAUGUCAGGAUGGCGCUGGCGCGACUUGCGGUGAGCGACUGUGCGCCUCAGACGUCGCGGGUCAGCUCAAACUUGCACAGCAGCAGUAGUAUGGCGGUGAGCCGGGUCCCCAGCCCUCCGCCACCCGAAGUCAACACUCCAGUUGCCGAAAAUUGGUGUUACACACAGGUGAAGGUGGUUAAAUUCAGCUACAUGUGGACGAUAAAUAACUUCAGCUUCUGCCGUGAGGAAAUGGGAGAAGUGUUGAAGUCGUCGACAUUCUCAGCGGGGGCCAACGAUAAACUCAAAUGGUGUUUGAGGGUCAAUCCAAAGGGCCUGGACGAAGAGAGCAAGGACUAUUUAUCAUUAUAUCUGCUACUUGUGUCAUGCAAUAAGUCGGAAGUUAGAGCAAAGUUCAAAUUUUCAAUUCUUAAUGCCAAAAGAGAAGAAACCAAAGCUAUGGAGAGCCAACGGGCCUACAGGUUUGUCCAGGGUAAAGACUGGGGCUUCAAAAAAUUCAUAAGGAGAGACUUCUUGCUCGAUGAGGCCAAUGGAUUAUUACCAGACGACAAACUCACGAUAUUCUGUGAGGUAUAUACCUUUGUGAGUGUGGUGGCAGAUAGUGUCAAUCUCUCUGGACAAAGUAAUACGAUACAGUUCAAAGUGCCUGAAUGCAGGCUACCUGAGGAUCUUGGCUCGCUAUUUGAGAGUCAAAAGUUCAGUGAUGUCACACUGACUGUCUGUGGGAGGGAGUUCCAAGCGCACAAAGCGAUUCUAGCAGCGCGCAGUCCUGUAUUUUCUGCAAUGUUCGAGCACGAAAUGGAGGAGCGCAAGCAGAAUCGAGUCGAUAUAACUGAUGUGGAUCACGAGGUACUGAGGGAAAUGCUCCGAUUUAUCUACACGGGCAAAUCGGAUAAUCUUGGAAAAAUGGCGGACGAUCUGUUGGCUGCUGCUGACAAAUACGCACUUGAGAGGCUCAAAGUAAUGUGCGAGGAGGCAUUAUGUACGAGUUUAGCCAUUGAAAAUGCUGCUGACAUUCUCAUUCUUGCCGAUCUUCACAGUGCCGAUCAACUCAAGGCGCAGGCCAUAGAUUUUAUCAAUACACACGCAACAGACGUGAUGGAUACCACUGGUUUUAAAUCCAUGGUGAACUCUCAUCCCCACCUAAUUGCGGAAGCAUUUCGCGCACUAGCAACACAACAAAUGCCACCAAUUGGACCACCGCGAAAGCGAGUUAAGCAGAGCUGAAAGCAGUCACCUCUAAUUCCGGGCACGACAACAGUGUCAUCACCGCCCCACCUACAUCCCUCAUGAACUCUCUUUUUUCUGUACAGUGACGAAUCCUGAGAGUAGUGCUAAAUCAAUGUUCCCUAGUGCGCCCUUUCGUUGUCCGAAAGUUCAACAUGCCCAACUAAAAAUAUAUGAAAAAUCAUGAAAAAAUAUAAAAAAAAAGAAGAAGAAGAAGAAGAAGAAGAAUAUGAUGAAGAGACCGUAAAUAUGAAAACAAAGUAACAAAAUGAUGCAGAUGCUGAGAUAGGCGAACCCACGCCAGACUCUUGUGUUCAGUGAGUGUCGGUAGUGUGUCAAAAAAAAAGUUGAGAAAAAAAAACUAAGUAAAUAACAAAGACUCCGUGCAACGAAAUGCCACGAGACAUAGAAGCCCCAGAUAUACAGUAAAAGAAUGAACCCACCACGCUCGCCCACCUCUCAGAGAUGCAACGCCCCUCCCACCCUCUCUUCUCCAUUUCCAGAAAAAUAAAUAGAAGCAAAAAACUAUCGUCUCCGCCCUUUGCUCCUAAUUCUUCGGAUGUGUUUCAUUCCACUCCAGUAAACGUGAUUUCAAAAAUACGGAAUUGCAACGGAGAGUAAAGGAGAUGUCAAGAUGGAAGAGGAAGAAAAAUAAGUUGAAAGACUGGACAGGUAAAUGGUGGAAAAGACAAUUUGGAUUCUGACGUGACUUGUAGAAAAAUUGGAGCACAUCUGUAGGGUUUUGGGAAAGCUCAAGGGUGGAUAGAGAUGAUGUACUUCGCCAUGUUGCCACGUACCGACACACAAGAAGUUGUGAUAAAGGCGUCGGGCUCUCGACGAUGAUAACACUUUGGUUCCUCUGUCAUGGAUCAAAUUGUGUCUGGCCCCUCUCUGCCCUCACGUCAUAGAGGAAGAUUAAUUUUAGAACUUAUUGGAUACAAAUCAUCAUUGUUUGAUUUUGGGUGGUUGUUUCGAGGGGGACACUUUGUUUAUUCAUUAAUAGUGAUUUUUAAUUAUAAAAAUGAUGAAUGAGAAGUUCAAAACUCUUCCAGAAAGAAAGGGGAAAUGAUUCUAGUUAGUGUUUUUUAUGAUCUCUUUCUCUUAAUAUGACUAUUACUAUGAUUAUUAUUAAAGUACUACGCAAUCUGUGCCCAUUUACCCCAGGCCCACUCUGCUCCGUAUUUUUGUAUAUUUUUUUUUUUCUGUGUCUGCAGUCCCAUUGAAUUGUGUCACAUCGAGAUUUGUUUACUAACAAUCCUAGAGAGAGGAGAAAUUUAACAUCAGUGACACUGUUUAUGUCAUUUCCCAUUGGCAUUCUCUUCUCUCGAGUUAAUUUUUUUGGUGGCUAUUGCGUAGUCAAUUGAAGUGAUUCGAUCUAUUAUUCGUUGAGUUUAUUUGAUUCCACGUCGAGGAAAUUCAGGGUUGUCCAUAAUGUGUGUGAAUAAUAUUUUUCUCAGCAAUUUAUUUUUUUGGUUUCGAGGCAAAUCAGAAAUUAUUGAAGGAUGGAAAAUUGACAACGGAAUGAUGGAAAUGAGAAAAUUUAAAUGAAUUGUAUAAAUAAACGUUAGUCAAUUAUAGUCCAAACUACUAAUCGUUUUUGUGUAACUAAAUCUCGAGUCGCAGGAAGGAAAAAAAAUGAGGAUUAAGUAAAUCAGUUGUAUGUCGUGAAUAACUGAAUUAUGGGCAACCAAGAGAGACAAAAAUCCAGAAACAAAGAUUUGAAAAAUCAUAUAAAAACAAUAAUUGUCGUUUUAGUACUAUGCUGGCUUCCCGAACCUAGUUUUAUCAAUUUCAUUGAACGAAAAAAGAAAAACAAAAAAACACCCCUAUACCAUAAUAUUAAUAAA